UACCCCGACAAACAAUCGUCCGUCGGCCGCUAGGCUGCAACCGAUCAUCGCUUUUUACAUCGAGUCGACGUCGGACCGACGUCGGCAAAACCAGCGGUAAAACGUCUGUAAACGAUAAUCGAUUUUCGACGUCGGUCCAACGCGUUGCAACGUCGAAAAACGAUAAUCGAUUUCCGACGUUAACCCAGCGUUGUACCGACGUCGGCAAUACGAGCGGUAAAUCAUCUGUAAACGAUAAGCGAUUUUCGACGUCGGUCCAUUGUCGGCAAACGAUAAUUAAGUUCCGACGUCAACCGAAUGUUUAACCGACGACGGCAAAACGAGCGGUAACCCGUCUGAAAUUGAUAAUCGAUUUUCGACGUUUAUCCAACGUUGGACCGACGUCGGUAAAUCUAGAGAAAAAACGUUUGCAAAAGAUAAUCAAUUUCCGACGUCGGCCUAACGUCGCAAAACGAUAAUUCAUUUCCGACGUCAACCCAGCGUUGUACCGACGUCGGCAAUACGAGCGGUAAAACAUCUGUAAACGACAAGCGAUUUUCGACGUCGGUCCAUUCUCGGCAAACAAUAUUAAUUUCCGACGUCAACCGAACGUUUAACCGACGACGGCAAAACGAGCGGUAACCCGUCUGAAAUCGAUAAUCGAUUUUCGACGUCAAUCCAACGUUGGACCGACGUCGGUAAAGCUAGUGAAAAAACGUUUGCAAAAGAUAAUCAAUAUCCGACGUCAGUCCAACGUCGCCAAACGAUAAUUCAUUUCCGACGUCAACCCAGCGUUGUACCGACGUCGGCAAUACGAGCGGUAAAACAUCUGUAAACGACAAGCGAUUUUCGACGUCGGUCCAUUCUCGGCAAACAAUAUUAAUUUCCGACGUCAACCGAACGUUUAACCGACGACGGCAAAACGAGCGGUAACCCGUCUGAAAUCGAUAAUCGAUUUUCGACGUCAAUCCAACGUUGGACCGACGUCGGUAAAGCUAGUGAAAAAACGUUUGCAAAAGAUAAUCAAUAUCCGACGUCAGUCCAACGUCGCCAAACGAUAAUUCAUUUCCGACGUCAACCCAGCGUUGUACCGACGUCGGCAAUACGAGCGGUAAAACAUCUGUAAACGAUAAGCGAUUUUCGACGUCGGUCCAUUCUCGGCAAACAAUAUUAAUUUCCGACGUCAACCGAACGUUUAACCGACGACGGCAAAACGAGCGGUAACCCGUCUGAAAUCGAUAAUCGAUGUUCGACGUAAAUCCAACGUUGGACCGACGUCGGUAAAACUAGAGAAAAAACGUUUGCAAAAGAUAAUCAAUUUCCGACGUCGGCCUAACGUCGCCAAACGAUAAUUCAUUUCCGACGUCAACCCAGCGUUGUACCGACGUCGGCAAUACGAGCGGUAAAACAUCUGUAAACGAUAAGCGAUUUUCGACGUCGGUCCAUUCUCGGCAAACAACAUUAAUUUCCGACGUCAACCGAACGUUUAACCGACGACGGCAAAACGAGCGGUAACCCGUCUGAAAUCGAUAAUCGAUGUUCGACGUCAAUCCAACGUUGGACCGACGUCGGUAAAACUAGAGAAAAAACGUUUGCAAAAGAUAAUCAAUUUCCGACGUCGGCCUAUCGUCGCCAAACGAUAAUUCAUUUCCGACGUCAACCCAGCGUUGUACCGACGUCGGCAAUACGAGCGGUAAAACGUCUGCAAACGAUAAUCGAUUUCCGACUUCGCGAUGCGUUGGCCCAACGUUGGACGUACGCGUCGCAACAUUGUCAAACGUCUGCAAAAGACAAUCAAUUUUCGCGAUGGUUCAACGUCGGUAAACCCGUUAUCGCGAUAAUCAAUACCAUUAAUAUUUAUUUAUAAAUUAACUAUUAGUACAUGAAUUAUGGAACAUAACCUCACACAAUACACGAUUCUGCAACGUUGUUUGCUUAAAGUUACAACCCAAUGGGUUGAACCCAUUGCGGCAUUUCUAGAUCUGACGUUGACGUUGCCGUUAAAAUAGUAAUAUUUAUUAUGAGUUUUGUAUCUAUGGAGAAGUAAUUAAUAUUAAACUGCUAAUUAUUAAUUAUCAGACUCACAAUGUGUUGUAACCAAAGCGACUUGACAACGUUGCAGAAUUGUUUAUUGUGUGAGGUUAUGUUCUGUGGCCAAACGAAUUAAAACCGUUGCGUUUAAAUCAUAGAUAAUAAAUCAUUUGAGUGUGUGUAUGUUAUGUUCUGUGGCCAAACGAAUUGAAACCGUUGCGUUUAAAUCAUAGAUAAUAAAUCAUUUGAGUGUGUGUAUGUUAUCAGCUUUUCAAAUUCAAUCAAAGAUAGAAAGAUGUCCAAACAAUAUAAAGCUAAUCGAAAGCGGUCAAGAAGUUAUGUUUAUAAAUUAGCAGCCAAAGAAAGGGAGGAGUCCUUUAAACUAUAUAAAAUUGAUAACAAUCUCUCAAGUAAUAUUUCUGAAACUAAUAAUAGUAAAAAUAAUCAUAUCGACUCAGAAGAAAAAUGUUUAGAUAAUAUAGAAAAUAGGGAAAAUAGGGACUGUAUUAAAAAAAUACGUAAUAAUGACAGUUUUUGUGCAAAGAACAUUGGGGGCGAUGAGGAUAAUGAAAAAAAAAUGUUAGAUAAUAAUAUAGAAAAUUAUAUAGAUAUAUCUAGUGAUAGUGACCACAGACCACAUACAGUGGUCUGUGAUAGUGACUGUAUUAAACAAAUAGAUAAUAAUGACAGCUUUUGUGCAAAUAAUAGUGGGUGUGAUGAGGAUAAUGAAAAAUUUGAAAUUUCUGAAAGACAAAGUAGUGACGACCAGGUUUUGGGUGGGUUAAAAAAUGAAAAAAUUGAUCCACAAAUGUUUUUAAGAAACUGGACUUUAAAAAAUAAUAUAACACACACAGCUGUCACAGAACUUUUGAAUUGGUUUAAAACAAAACCCAACCUUGAUAAAUUACCUUAUGAUGCCAGAACAUUACUAAAUACUCCAAAAAAAAGUAACAUCGAAACACAAAGUAAGGGUCAAUUCUUUUAUUUUGGAUUGGAAAAGAUGCUUUUAAAAAUUUAUAACCAGCAUCCUAGUAUAAAUAAAUUUGAUUUAAAUUUUAAUAUAGAUGGGGUACCUUUACAUAAUAGCACACGAAAGGCUUUUUGGCCAAUUUUGUGUCAAACAGAAGAUACCAUAUUUGUUGUAGCAAUAUUUUGCGGGGAAUCAAAACCAGAUUUGGAAGAAUUCUUUCUAAAUUUUGUUCAUGAAUUAAAAAAAUUAAAGGAUGGGCUAAAUACUGGGACUAAAACCUUACAGAUAAAUGUUAGAUCAUUUUUAUGUGAUGCUCCAGCAAAGGCUUUCAUAAAAAACAUUAAGGGCCAUAAUGGAUUUUCUGGGUGUGACAAAUGCUGGGCUGAAGGGGAACAUUUUCAGAAAAGAAUGAUAUUUGAAAAUAUAAAUGCAAAUCUACGAACCGAUGAGGAAUUUUCUUUAAAAAUGGAUGCUAAACACCAUAAAGGUACAACACCUUUAGAACAGUUGCCUAUAGGAAUGGUUUCAAAAUUCCCUAUUGAUUAUAUGCAUGCGGUUUGCUUGGGAGUAAUGAAAAAAUUAAUAAACUCCUGGAUGAAAGGGAAAAGUCAUAUAAAAAUUGUUGAAAAAUUAGCAAUAGACAAAAAAAAUUUGGAAAUUAAAAAGUUCUGGCCUUCUAAUUUUCAAAGAGCUCCCAGAACAAUAUUUGAAGUGGAUAGAUGGAAAGCCACUGAAUUUCGACAAUUUUUAUUGUACAUUGGUCCUAUAGUUUUAAAAGAUGUAUUGGAUAAAGAGAGAUAUGCAAAUUUUAUGAUUUUUAAAUAUGCCUUAACGAUUUUGCUAUCAUCAGAAUUAAAUUUAAAAUAUAAUGAUUAUGCUUCUAAACUAUUAAAAAUAUUUGUCAAAAAUUUAAUUCAUAAAUAUGGAAGAGAAUUUUGUAUAUAUAAUGUUCAUAUCCUAAUACAUUUAGCAAAUGAUGCAAAAGUUUUCAAUACAUUAAAUACCAUAAAUUGCUUUCCAUUUGAAAAUUAUUUGGGCAAACUAAAGAUCUUAUUAAGAAAACCCAAUCAACCGCUACAGCAAAUAGUAAAUAGGGUAGAAGAGCUUGAGAAGCUUGAGAAAAUAAAGAAAUGUGAAAGCAAUAACAUUAUUGAUAAAAAUAUUCCAAAUAACUUGUAUGAAAAAUUCUUUCUAUAUAAUUUUUACAGGAAGAUAGUUUUCAGUGAUGAGACUUACACAAAUUGUAAUGGGGACCAUGCAUUGAUGCUAAAAAAUAAUGAUAUUACUUUAAUUAAAUAUAUUUUAAAACAUAAAGAAACAGGAAAAUAUUUCUUCUUGGGUCAAAAAUUUAGAAAUAUUAACUCAUUUUUUAAUUAUCCAGAGGAUUCUAGGAAAAUUGGAUUAUAUAAAGUGACAAAUCUGGAAGAAAGUCUUUUUAUGUUUAAUUUUGAAAAUGUAUUGUGUAAAGGCAUAUUAAUGCCAUAUAAAAACGAUUUUGCUUUCUCCAAGCUUUUACACUUCCAGUAAAUUUAGCCCAAAAACGCUCAUAAUUGAUCAAAAACGCUUAUAAAUGCUAUUUAUUGAGGCUCUUAUUUAGAUAAUGUAGAAAAAUUAUUUUUUUAUUAAAUUAAAUUGAAGAACUUGCAAGUAACAUAUUUUUUUAUUUUUAAAAGUUUUCUUAUAAUUUUGGAAAUUCUACGUAAACUGAAAAAAAAACAUAUAUUGGUUGGUUAUGUUAUAAUCCCGCUUUUUAGUUUUGGCGGAAAAUUUAAAUAUCGAGCACUUUUUAAAAUAUUCAAGCACUUUUAAGCGGUUUUCAAGCACUUAUGAUCAUUUUUAAAAGUGCCCAUCCUUCUCUAUGUAAAAAAAUUAUUUUGUGGUCGAGUUUCCCGAUGAAAUGAAAGAUGGGGUAACCCCAAUGAUGAUUAUUCCAUUAUCUUGGCUUUUGGAUGACUCGCAUUGUUUAUGGCCAACUUUUAAUUCUGAACGAAAAAAAACUAAAGCUAUAAUAAAUAACGAAACUCCGGAUAAAGAAAAAGCGUUAACAUGCAAAAUUAAUAUAAAAUUUAAAACAAAUUCUUAUGAAAAAGCCAUUGAGAAAUUAAAACUGCUUGAAAAACUGGACAUCACCCAGAGUGACAGUGAUAAUGAAGACCCAAUGAAAAAAAGACCUUUAAUUCCCAAUAAAAAAUAUAUAGAAACUAAUUCUAGUUCUGAGGAAGAAGUUAUAAACGAAAUUACCGAUGGGGAAACCGAGGAAAAUAUUCCUAUAGUACCCCCUAUGGUUGCAAAUGAACCUAAUAUAACUGAUGAACCUGAAAGGCCCUUACAACUACCAGAGUCUCUGGUGAAUUCUCUGAAUCGACAGGAAGCACUAUUGAAAAAAAUACAUAUGAAGCAGAAGUUUAUGUCUGAUGACCUGUUAGUAAUAAAGGCCCAACUGUCAAGUCUAUCUAAGGAACCACAUAUUACGGAAAUUAAAGACAUUUUACAAGUUUCCAAUAUAGAGGAAUUAAAAGAUUUUAACGAAAAGUUAAAAAAAACAGAAUUUUUUAAUGAAAUGUGCACAACGUUAAAACUUAUAGGAGGGAAAGAUGUAGUGGACGGUACCCGAAGAAUAUUAACAAAAAUUAUAAAUAAUAACCUGGCCAAACAAUGCAAUUGGUCGGGAAAAAACGGAAAACACGCAUUUUCAAGCUAUAGAAAUAUUUUGGAUUUAAUAUUGGCUUCUUUAAGAAAAAAUCCAAUGACCAGGGAAGCUACAAAUAAAGAAAUUGAAGAUGUGUUAAAAAAUUGGCUCCGGACUGCUGGCGAUCGGGAAGGCGGAAGGUGCCGAAGGAAGACAGAUGGCAAUAAUACUGAGGCAAUCGC